AUGUAUUCAUUCAGCUUUGCAUUCUUAUUCUUGAGGGUGCGGAAUGGCGUGCGACGGCGCACCGUAAAUACCGGAAAAAAAAAAAUAAGGGGAGGAAUGGAGUGUGCUUGUGCUUGUGUCUGUGUGCGUGGCGCUCCGCCGGCGCGCGACGGAGGAGGGCGAAAAAAAAAGGAGAACAAAAGGUUUUGUAGGCGCUGGCCGCCAUCUACAAACGCACCUAAAAUACACGGUUUUUUUUUUUUUUUUGGAUUUCUGCGUUUGUUGGUGUUUUUGCUCCGCUUGUCUUUUGCUUCACUCACCGUUUGCAAGGUGUUGGGGAUUUGGGGUUUUUUUUUUUUUUCCCUUUCUUUUGUUUUCCUUCGCUCCACUACGUGUCUUUUCGUGUUGCUGCAUGAACCACAUAUCAAAUUGAUUAUUUAUUUAUUUAUUUAUUUAUUUAUUUAUUUAUUAUUAUUAUUUUUUUGUAUGUGUGUAUGCCGAUCGUUAUUUCUUGUAGUGCAUUUUCUUUUGUUGUUCCCCUUCUCUCUAAUCCCAGUGGAGCGACAACUAUUUCUUUUCCCCCGUAGUUACAUACGUACAGACAUACAUAAAUACAUCCAUGCAUGCAUGCGCGUCCGUUGGGACAUGCGUGUGCGCAUCUGCCGCUGCAUGGCGUGGGGUGGGAAAGCGAAUAUUAAAAGUAUAUAUUAA